AUGGACUGUAAAUCUGUAUUGCCAUCAAAUAUAAUGUCAUUACGUGAUGAUGAUUUUAUUGAUUUUGUUAAGGAAGAGGCUGGUCAUGCUGCUGCUGCUCUACUCGAAUUACUAGGUAUUAAUAGUGUGAAAUCAUUGCUGAUGACAGAUGAUGUUUAUUCUAUUAUGAACGUGAAGAGCAAAAGUCUUGAUACAUUUAAAAACAAAUGUGGUUAUAUGCAAGACGAUGGUACAUUUAAAUCUUCAAAAUGCAAUCAAUUAUCAUCAUCAUUAACUAUAACUACAGAUACAUCAUCAACAAUACGAAAAUCUACAUCAUCUGUUGUAUCCGAUAGCUCACCAAAAACUAUACCAUCAAAAUCGUUUAAUUUAUCAGUUGCUGAACAUAAAUCAUAUAUAAUUGAUACAUUAAAUAACUGGUGCAAGAACAACAAAUCAAAAGAUACUAAUGAACGAUUUUAUUUAGUUGAAGGCAAGGAUUAUUUUAUUUCAUUACCAAAUGAUUCAAGUGUCUUUAGACGUGGAAAAUUUCAACUGUCAAAUUUAUAUCGUCAUCUGCAAGGCUUAACUAAUGAAUGUCCUGCAUUAAAAAAAAAAAUUAAUAAUCCUCUUGUAACAUCACCAUCCUCACCAAAUAAUCAGCAACCAUUGACCCCAUCAAAUAAUGUACUUCAACAAAUUGCAUCACCAAAUCCAAUAACUAAUAUACCAGCAUCAGAUACAAUACAAUCGAAUUCAACUUCAGUCACAGCAUCGUCUAUCUCCAAAUCAACAGAAGAUGAUGAAAAUUGUAAUAAAAAUUGUGAUAAGAACAUUAUCGAACAAUCAUUAUUCAAAACUAAAAGACAAGUAAAAAGAAAAGUUCAAACAAUAGAAUCUUCACAUAGCACAAGAGAAUCAGCAAAAGAAGAAGAAGAAAAGGAUUUUUAUAUGCCGAAAAUUUUCUUAUUUGUACUUCUUCUAUUACUUCUUUCGUAUUCUCUCAUACAGUAA